UCUUUUAGAAGAAGAAGCCCACCACAGUCCCCUCGUGCCUCGAUUAGAAGACCUAGUCCACCCCCCUCCCCAUCACAAGUCCAUCGUCCAAUUGGUGCUAAGAGGAUUCAAGCUUCUCCAUCUAGGCGCAUAAGUCCUCCAUCUUCCCCUCAGAUGGGUAUGCAACCCAUGGCUAAUAUUCAGAAGAGGGAUCUGCAUAGACCACAGUCCCCUUUAAUGGAUCAGAGAGCAUCACCUACUCCCUCCCGGAGAAGUUUUACUAUGGACCCAGGGUUCCAGCAGCCACCAGUGGAACGUCGAUCCCCCUCUCCCUCUCUCUCUCGCAGGUCCACUCGUCUCAUUAAGGAUUCCCCACCUUUUGGGUCCCCUGGAGGUCGACUGCGAGGAAGGGGGCGUCCAAACAUCCCCAUGGGAGCUGUGAAACCCUAUCGUGGCAGAGGGGGUCAUUCAGGAACUCCAACACAAAAUGUACGUCCAUUUAAAACGUCCAUACGUAGUAACAGGUCUAUGAUGGCACAGGACUUCACAGCAUCCCCACAACUUUCAGGUCAACAUAUUGGAAUGGACAUGAGGGAACAAAGACGUUUUAAUCCUCCAGGAACCCCUGGUGCAAUGAGAAACCCACAGAGACCCAUCGGCCGAGGCCGUCCUCUCAUGGCCAGACAGUCACUGAGGCGUGCACCUGGCAUGAUGCCCCCUUCACCUCAGCCUUCUCAAAAAUACAUGCCCCCUCCAUCACCUCAGCCUUCCAUUAGACAUAUUUCCAGACCAGCAUCUCCUCAUCCAUCUAUCAGACAUGGCUCCCCAUUACCAGUGCGCCCCCUUUCCCCUAGGGCCCCACCCACCUCUUUUCUUCCUGGUCCAUUGCAAAACCCUCAGAUAUAUGAUGCUUCAUAUUCAACACAUUUGCCUAUAGGCACAGAGCAAAUUCCUGUAGAAUUUGAUCAGGUUAGCGGUGUCCCUCAGUCACCAAUGCUUUCAAAUGCUUUCCAAAUCCAAAGUGUUCGUAAUGCCUCAUAUGCUUCACCCUUUCAUCAGCCCAUGCAAAGCCCCAAUGCAGUCAAUGUCUCCCAGCUGCAACCAGAACCAUUACCAUAUAAUCCUGAAAUGGCAUCCCCACUUAUGUCAAAUGCCCUACAAAAUCCUCAGCUUCGAGAUGCUUCUUAUGCAUCCCCAUUGCAAAGGCCAGGCUCACCUUAUGCUCCAGAAGUGGCACAAUUUGGUGAAAUCCCUGGACAGCCAUCCCUCUCUGCCCCCUAUGUUUAUGAAAUGGAUGCAUUUGAACAAAUUCCGGGUCAGCCAGCUUCACCUUUGCUGUCCAGUGCUAUUCACAAUCCACAAUUACAUGGUGCAACGUACAGAUCACCCCUUCAGAGACCACAUUCACCUUACACUCAGGUACUGGCAGACUCUGAUUAUAUUGAAGAGCCAGUUUCUGGUCCGAUUCUCUCCAGUGCUCUUCAAAAUCCGAAUGUCCGCAAUGCUUCUUACCAAACACAUUUACGCCGUAGGAGAUCCAGUGUUCCCCCUGGCUAUGGUCCAACAGGCUCUCCAGUUCUUUCAACAGCUUUGCAGAACCAAAAUAUUCGUAACGCAUCAUAUCAAGCCCCUGGAAUGGUCUCCCCUGGAAUGGGCUCACCUUAUGCUCCAGAAGUGGCACAAUUUGGUGAAAUCCCUGAACAGCCAUCCCUCUCUGCCCCCUAUGUUUAUGAAAUGGAUGCAUUUGAACAAAUUCCGGGUCAGCCAGCUUCACCUUUGCUGUCCAGUGCUAUUCACAAUCCACAAUUACGUGGUGCAACGUACAGAUCACCCCUUCAGAGACCACAUUCACCUUACACUCAGGUGCUGGCAGGCUCUGAUUAUAUUGAAGAGCCAGUUUCUGGUCCGAUUCUCUCCAGUGCUCUUCAAAAUCCAAAUGUCCGCAAUGCUUCUUACCGAACACAUUUACGCCGUAGGAGAUCCAGUGUUCCCCCUGGCUAUGGUCCAACAGGCUCUCCAGUUCUUUCAACCGCUUUGCAGAACCAAAAUAUUCGUAACGCAUCAUAUCAAGUCCCUGGAAUGGUCUCCCCUUAUGCACCUGUCCCAAGCUAUGGACAAGACCCUAGGAAGUCUCCAGUUCUGUCGUAUGCAUUACACAACCCCCAAAUUCAAGGUGCCACAUACCAGCUGCCUGGUGGGGCAGUGCUUUAUGGUAAUCAGGUACUAAAUGCAAAGUCUUCCCCAAUGCUUGCUGAUGCUAUUGGAAAUUCACAGCUUCGGAAUGCUUCAUAUAGACUCCCUUCUGGUUCCAUGAUGGGCAUGGACCCACGACAGCAACAGUCUUUCUCUCCAAACCUCUCAAAUGCUUUGCAGAACCAAAACAUAAGACGUGCCUCUUAUAGACUUCCAGAUGGAGCAAUAAUAUACCCAGACUCUCAUCUCCAGCAGCCUUCAUCUCCAAAUUUGUCUAAUGCCUUACAGAAUCCAAAUCUUAGGAAUGCAACUUAUAGACUUCCAGAUGGAAGCAUCAUCACUGCACCAAAUCAACAACGCCAAACCUCACCAAACCUGUCACAUGCACUUCAGAAUGAGAACAUUAGAAAGGCAUCAUACAGACUUCCAGAUGGCACAAUAAUAAGGACGGAUCAGCCAAUAGAACCAACAUCACCAAAUCUGGCCAGUGCACUCCAAAACCCCAACCUUCGAAAUGCAACUUACAGAUUGCCAGAUGGCACAUUCAUAACAGCAGACUAUGGGCAGUCCAAAUCUACCUCACCAAACUUAGCAGAGGCACUCCAGAACAAGCAAAUGAGAAGUGCCAGAUACCGUUUACCUGAUGGAUCAAUUAUAUAUGCACCAGGUUACCAAGAUGUCCAGUCUCCUAAUUUGUCAAGGGCUCUGCAGAACCAGAAUAUACGAAAUGCUACCUACAGAUUACCUGAUGGUUCCAUAAUAAGAGCUGAUGCAAGUUAUAAACCUUCAAACCCAACUCUGCUCUCUGCUUUAAAUAAUGACAAUAUGAGAAAUGUCUCGUAUAGACUUCCAGAUGGAUCAGUCAUUUCACAAGCUCUGUACAAACCAAGCAGUCCGACCCUUUCAGAUGCUUUGCAGAAUGACAAUCUUCGCAGGGCUAAUUAUCAGCUACCAGAUGGAUCCAUUUUCUCAGUGGAUCCAAGAAGACAUAUAACUACUCCGAACCUCUCACAGGCACUUCUAAAUCAAAAUCUUCGCAAAGCCAAAUACAGAUUACCUGAUGGAUCAGUCCUCACUCAGGGAUUCGAUGUCCCCACUUCACCGUAUUUAGCGGAUGCUCUGAAGAAUCCUAACUUAAAGAAUGCCUCUUACCAGCUACCCUCAUCGUUCUCCACAUAUAUGACAUCUUCUGGACAGGUGGUUAUUGGGCCAGAUGGCCGUUAUGCUGUGGUGUCACCACAGCGAAAAGGACCGGGUGGGCCCGAAGAGCACUGGGCUCAUAAUGCCAGAGAUGGGCAAACAGCAGAGGAUGUAUGGGCUUCAGAAAAGGUCUUGCCUCAUGAUACAGUGCAGAACCUCAUCAAAUGGUCAAUUUACCGUGAUGAGAAAAUGAUGGAAUAUCUAACCCCUCCACCCACUGGUCAUAGACCAGGGGAGACAGAGCUGCAGUGGGUACCAGAUCGGGAAGGGGAGCCAAUAGGCCGGUGGUAUGACAAGAUGUAUUCGAUAAGGAGCUUGCCAACUGUGAGAUACAGGGAGAAAAGGGCAGGUGAUGGAGUUGAGGACAUGACACAAAUGGAAGAGCUGACUGAGGCAGCAGUCUUGAUAAACCUGAAGAUUCGCUUUGACCAAGAUUUUAUCUACACUUACAUUGGCAGUAUUCUGGUAUCGAUCAAUCCAUACCAGCUGUUUAACAUCUACGGCACAGAUGUGGUUCUUCAGUACGAAGGUCAUGGCUUAGGAGACAACCCACCUCAUUUAUUUGCCAUCGCAAACAUCGCCUAUACGACAAUGAUGGACCUCAAACAAAACCAGUGCAUCAUAAUCAGUGGGGAAAGUGGUUCUGGUAAGACAGAGGCAACCAAACUCGUUUUAAGGUACCUCACGGCUAUUCACCAUACGAGGAACAUUACACAGCAGAUUGAGAUUCUGGAGGCAACUCCUCUGUUAGAAUCCUUUGGGAACGCAAAGACGGUCCGAAACGACAACUCGAGCCGCUUUGGAAAAUUUGUGGAGAUCUUUAUGGAGGAAGGGGUAAUCAGUGGUGCCAUAACCUCACAGUAUCUACUGGAGAAGUCCAGGAUCGUUUUUCAGGCCAAAGAUGAGAGAAACUACCACAUCUUUUAUGAGAUGCUGGCUGGACUUCCUACGCACAUGAAGCGAGCCUUCUACUUACAGGAAGCUGAAACUUACUUUUACCUGAAUCAGGGUGGUAACUGUGUGAUCAUUGGGAAAGACGAUGGAGAUGACUUUAGGAGGUUACAGAGUGCCAUGGACAUUCUCAACUUUAGUGCUGAGGACCAGAGCAGCAUUUUUAGAGUGCUGUCAUCCAUUCUGCACCUGGGAAACGUAUUUUUCCAUAGAGUUGAGUCAGAAGUUCAGGAGACGGCCGGUGUCGUCAGCACUCAGGAGAUUCGCGCAGUGGCCGAUCUGCUGCAGAUUUCUCCAGAGGGUCUACAGAAAGCCAUCACCUUCAAAGUGACGGAGGCAAUGAGAGAGAAGAUAUAUACACCGCUCACAGUAGAAAGUGCUGUGGAUGCCAGAGAUGCAGUUGCCAAGAUCCUUUAUUCCUUGCUUUUUCAUUGGCUGACGGAACGUAUCAACGGACGGGUUUACCCGAGAAAUGAUGCACUGUCCAUAUCUUUGCUGGAUAUAUACGGAUUUGAGAGCUUGACGUUUAACAGCUUUGAGCAGCUCUGUAUCAACUUUGCCAAUGAAACGCUCCAAUUCUUUUUUACCCAAAUCAUUUUCAAACAGGAACAGGAGGAGUACAUUAGAGAACAAAUUAGCUGGAAGGAAUUGACGUUUACCAACAACCAGGCAUGCAUAGACCUUAUAGCUACAAAGCCCCAUGGGAUACUUCGCAUCCUUGAUGACCAGAGCUGCUUUCCACAGGCCACUGACCACACCUUCCUUCAGAAGUGCCACUAUCACCAUGGAGAAAGCCCCCUGUAUUCCAGGCCAAAAAUGCCACUUCCGGAAUUCACUGUGAAUCACUAUGCUGGUCGUGUAACUUACCAGGUACAGAAGUUCCUGGAUAAGAAUUACGAUCAGGUCCGACAGGAAGUACUGGAUCUGUUUAUGCAGAGCCAGAACCGAAUGGUGUCUAAUCUCUUCAUAAAGCACGCUGAGAUGCUGAACCAACAGAAAGGUGCGAUGAACCGAAGCAGCACGAUAACUCGGAGAUACCAGCCGUCAACUGUGGCUGCCAAGUUCCAACAAUCGCUACAGGAGCUCUUAGACAAGAUGGAAAGGUGCAACCCAUUUUUCGUGCGCUGCCUAAAGCCAAAUAAUAACAAGGAACCUGGUAUAUUCGAUCCCGAAUUGGUUGCUACUCAACUCAGAUAUUCAGGAAUCCUGGACACGAUCCGCAUCAGGAAGGAGGGCUAUCCAAUCAGAGUGCCUUUCCAUAAAUUCUUAAACAGGUACAAAGGCCUGCUGGGAAUGAAGAAGCCACCACCUCCAGAUGGGGAUAACUGUGUGAUUAUGCUAAUGAAGCUCAGCCCAAUCAACAGAGGGGAUUAUCAAGUGGGCGUGUCAAAACUCUUUUUAAAGGAGGAUGUUUAUCAGUUAUUGGAGAGUAAACAUGAUCGCAUGAUGCACGUGGCCGCGCUCACCCUUCAGCGUUACAUAAGGGUGUACUUGACCCGCAAAAGGUUUCUCAAGUUCCGUCAGGUCAUGACAUACCUGCAAGCCCGCUGCAAGGGUUACCUGCGCAGACGGUGGUUUCUGCGAAUGCGUCUCCACCUGAUCAAGUUCCGCUCACGGGUCAGGCUCAUCACCAAUCGCAAAAGAUACAUCAGGGACAAUCUCCUCAUGGCAAGAAGAGCAGAAGACGAGAGGAGAAGAAUUGAACUGGAGCGAAUAAGUAGGGAGGUGGUAAAUGUCUCUCAGCUGGCGAUUCCUGCAGAGUUGGGAGGAUUGUUACAAGCCACAGCAGCCGGUAGGGAGCGUCAUUCGAAUUGCUUGGCUCUCGUUCAGGCUCCUAGAAUACAAGCAGACCCUCAGCUUACUCUUCCAUUGGACAUCAACAACCAUCUGAUGACCAAAUAUAUACGGACACAUUUCAGGGAGCUGCAGUUCGGGAUGCUGACGGCACCGUUGGAGAAUUCGCUGACGCGUCUAGAAGACGAUCUGAAACAUGAUGCUCUUGAUGUGUUUAUACUGAUCUUGCGUUUCAUGGGGGAUCCAAACCUGAAUGGUGCUCAAGAAAACCUGUUUGGAAAUUACAUCAUUCAGAGAGGCCUUUCCACCCCACCAAUCAGGGACGAGAUCCUCGCACAGAUAGCCAAUCAGGUGUGGCGGAAUGAAUACACCAGAAACGCAGAGAGAGGCUGGUUGUUGAUGGCCGCCUGCUUGAGUUCCUUCGCCCCGUCUGAGAAGAUGGAGAAAUAUUUACUAAAAUUUGUGUCGGACUAUGCCCUGAAUGGAUUUAAGGCAGUGUGCCAACACAAGCUCCUUCAGGCCAUGCAGAAGUCUAAACUGGUGCCCGACGCAUCACGUACGUACCCGCCGUCGCUGCUGGAGUGGACCGCCAACCGCAAGAAAGCACGCGUGGUGCUACAGGUCUACUGUUUUGACGGUGUGUCCUUUCUGUGUCCUGUACAUUCUUGGACAAAUGGAGAGAACAUCGCAGGAGAUGUUCUACAACACAGGGGCGUGUCUUCAGAGAGCCAGUGGGGUUGGUCCGUUCUGAUGAAGGAGCCGGGGCAGUGGGUGGAGCUGGAGGGUCACGAUUAUGUUCUGGAUCUGGUGUGUGACCUUGAGCUGCUGGCAGACUUCCCCAAACAGAAAACCUACUUCAUCAUCUCGACCGAAGACCCCAACAGGGCUCGACCGAAUGCGAGCAUAAGUCUGUUUGGCAGUGGAUUCGAUGAUGAGGAAGGGCCACUUUCAUAUGCAAAUCGGACCAGCGCCAUUGCGACCAACAGUCUACCGAUUUCUGAAAGCCACUACACUCAAGACUCAGAAGCAUACUUUGACACAUCUCACAAGGGAAUGGACCGGUAUUUGGACAGCCUCUUUGACCCAGUUCUGUCUGAUGGAGCUGGGGAUUUGGAUGCUACAGUUUUGUCCGGCCGCAUGAAGGGUGGAGGAGGUGUAGGUGGCGAUGGAGCUCAAGAAACUGCUAGACCCCCUUUCUCAGCUGCUCUUCAACCUGGAGCGGUGAGAGUUCUCCCACCCAUGCCAGUCACUCCAGUCAUGCCCGGGGCCGUGGCUCCGCCCCCUGUGCAAGACCAACAGCAAGCUGCCCUGGCCCAACAACAGCAAACUAUCAUCAACCAGCAAGCUGUUAUAAUGGCUCAACAGAUGACCAUGCAGGCCAUGGCUAUGGUGUCCAGUCCUCCAAUGUCCCCCCUCACAAGCCCCCCAACCAGCCCUCCACCCACUCCCUACAGCACCCUGCCGCCCAGCCCCUACCCCGCCAUCCCACCCAGUCCUUACGCAAACUUCCCCCCGAGUCCUUACGCGCCCCUUCCUCUGUCUGCAUACACGAGUCCCCGGAUGAGCCCGCACCCGGUCGUCGCCUCCACCUCUGUCAACACCACCCCUGGUGGCUCACAGGGACAGCGUGACGCCCUGAAGAAGAGCAGCGCUCAAACCGCCCAGCCUCAGAAGAAUACGGCUACACAAGUGCCAGGUACAUCAUCAAACGGGUCUUUGGGGAAGAAACAAGCUCCUGCUGCACCAAUUAAACUCGACAACAGGCCUGCCAAAAAACAUGCUCCUGUUGCGGUCACAGGGCCAAUGCGUACUGCCCCUGCUCCUGCCACAGAGGUGGUCAAAUACUCCAUCUCCAACUCUGAGCACAUCGUUCCCAGCCACAACAUCAAAGAUAUCAUCAAGCAAUAUCAAACACCGGUCCCAGAACCCGUGCCACAGAAACCCAGGAGAGAUGGUAAAGCAUUUGUGAAGAAGUUGAACCCGCAUGAUGAAGCCAUGCACAUCCUAAAAACACAGAUGGACAAUCCAGCCCCUCCACAGAGAACAGCUUCCAUUCCAGCUGCUCCAGUGCCCAGAGAUGGAGGUCUCAGACCGACCAAAAGUUCCAAGAAGAAAGCCCCCGAGCCUCCACCGCCCUUACCACCACCCGUGUCCAGAGAGCUUCCAGUGGAAUCCGAAAGCAUUCAAACACAACUGCACAGGAGCAGCAGGGAGGAGUAUUACACCUACACAAAUGUUCCCUGGAGGAUCUACCUCAGGAAAGAGGUGUUUUAUCCCAAGGACACUUGGAAUCAUCCUCUAGUGCUGGACCUCAUAUUUAAACAGAUUGUUAAUGACACAUUUACAGAAGCUUGUGUUCGCAUUACCAAAGACGAGAGACAGAAGAUGAAAUCUUUGUUAGCGCAAUACAACAUCGAGCCGAACGUAGAUGUUCAAGAUGAGAGUGUGAAGAAGACUGUGAUAUCAGCUGCCAGGGAAUCAUGGGAGAUUUAUUUUUCUCGCCUUUUCCCCGCCUCAGGCAGUGUGGGUACAGGAGUGCAGGUGUUGGCUGUGUCUCAUUCCGGUAUCAAGCUUUUGAAGACAGUGAAGAGCAGCACUGUAGCUCCAGAUUACUUCAGAGUCCUCCGACCGUACAGCUACACAGACAUCUUGUUUGUGACCAUCCCAUCUCCGAACAUGCUGGAGUUUAAUCUAAUGAAUGAAAAGCUGAUUCUCUUCUCUGCCAAAGCGCCUCAGAUCAAACAAAUGAUCGAUCUUUUCAUCUCUCAUCUUAAGAAGGAUUCAGAGUACGUAGUAGCAGAGAGGAACUUCAUCACAGAUGACCGAGCUCUGCUCAGCUUUCAUAAAGGAGAUAUCAUUCGUCUGCAGGCUAUGGAUGGAUUGGAGGAAGGUCAGAGUUAUGGAUGUGUGGUGAAAAAGAAGGUCAUCUACCUCGAGGAGCUAAAGAGAGACACGCCAGAUUUUGGCUGGAGGUUUGGGGCGGUGCAGGGUCGCAGUGGAGCGUUCCCUAUGGAUUGUGUGCUUCCUGUAGCUGCUCCUGAUUUUCUGAGCCUGCCUGCAGAGAGGAGAGACGAGCCAAGAGACAGACAGGGCCGGGUGGCGGCGUCAGGAGCCGUCGCUCUCGCUGUGGGAUCCACCGCUGCCGCACAUGAGCUAGACCCAUCGCUAGAGUUGGAUUCUGAUGGAUUUGGGGAUUUUGGUAGCUCUGACGUUGAGGGAAACAUUCUUCUGGACAGCCAGUACAACAUGGUGGAGUUUGCUAGGAAACAUUUUAGAACAUCGAACGGAAGCAAGAGUGACUCGUUUAGAGAUAAGUCCACCAAAAGCAAAGCAACCAAAGACCCUGCAGAGAUGGUGAAAUUCAGCAAGAACCCUUUAGUAGAGUCUCUCAUAGACUUCACAGAUCCCAACAUGAACCGCGUUGCAUCUGAUAUUUUCCUAGCCAUAAUGAAGUUCAUGGGAGAUCAUCCACUCAGAGGCCAGUCGGAGCAGUUUGUGGUUUGCACCAUCCUAAAGUUGACAGGGGAAUUUGGACUGAUGAAGGAUGAGGCGUUUUGUCAAGUCCUCAAACAAAUCACAGCUAAUACCAGUUCCAAACCGGACAGCUGUCAGAAAGGCUGGCGUUUGCUUUACAUUCUGACAGCAUUUUAUCGCUGUUCUGAAGUACUGAAACCGUUCCUACUCAAAUUCCUACGAGACGUCUGCAAAAGUCCAGAAGUGCUUUUUCAUGGGAUUGCUAAAGUUUGUGAGCAGAACCUGAGAAAGACCUUUCAGUUUGGUGGCAGGAGUGUUUACCCCAGUAACAUGGAGCUCAAAGCCAUAAUGGCUGGCCGGAGCUCAAAGCGACAGCUCUUCCUGUUUCCUGGAGGAGCUGAAAGACAUCUAAAGAUCAAAACCUGCACUGUAGCGCUGGAUGUGAUAGAAGAGUUGUGUUACGAGAUGGCGUUACAGAGGAUUGAAGCCAUGGACGAAUACACCAUUUUCAUAGUCACCAAUAGAGGUCAGAACGUGCGGCCGCUGAAUAAGAGGGAGUACAUCCUGGAUAUUGCGACGGAGGCGGAGCAAGUAGACAGCAACUACAGCUUCUGGUUCAGACGGGUGAUCUGGGCCCAGCCGCUCAAGUUUGACAAUGAGCUUUGCGUCACCAUGCACUUUAACCAGGUGCUGCCAGACUACCUGAAGAGUCUGUUGAAUGUCGUGCCUCAGGGAAAGAUCAGCGACCAGCAGUUUCAUCAGUAUGCCAAACUUGCUGCUCUUCAGCACAGAGCCAAAGAAAGUCUCUACACACCUACUAUUCAUGAGAUUUCAGGGUACAUCUCUGUUGAGAUCUUCGGCAGACAAGGGCCCCAGCAAUGGAUGCAGUUGGUUGCCCAACAUGUUCAGGCGGUCCAAAGCCUGAACCCUCACCAGGCCAGAUCUCAGUUUCUGGGAUUGGUGUGUGCGUUUCCCAUGUUCGGGUCGUCCUUCGUUUACAUCCAGAGCAGCAGCAAUAGCGUCAUCACUGCACCAUGCAUCCUUGCUGUCAAUCAAAAUGGACUGCACUUCUUACACAAAGACACUCACGAAGUUCAGGUGAAGUUCCCGUUAAAGGUGAUUCAGUCGGCUCAAACACAGCGGCCCAGCACUGGAUCCAGUUAUCCUUAUGUUGACAUCCUGAUCGGGGACUUAGCCAACCACAGAGUCACACAGUUACAACUAGAACAGGGUCUGGAGCUUUGUCGGGUGAUCGCCAUGCACAUUGAAAACAUGCUCUCGGUCCGUGAGAAGAGGCUAACGCUGCCACCCAGUGAAAUCACCAUGCUGUAACAAACACAUAUGCAAACGCACACAGUCUGUUUACAAUUUCCAUCAUGUCCUUUGUAAUUAGGACGUUUUUCAUUGUCUCAUCUGAACUAAACCUAACCUCUUAAUGCAAUGUUUGCACUAAUUAUAUGUAUUUGUUAUGUAUAGAUGAUGUUCGAAUUAAUAUGAAUAAUUAUUUUUGUAUUAAAUGCAUAACAUUUGUACAGUUGAAUUGUGAAUUACUUUAAUUUUGGGCAUCAUCGUGCAAAAGAACCUCAACAAUGGGUGUUAAAUUGUUAAAACUGUUAAAAUGUUAUGAUAAACCUUCACAGAUGCAAGUUAGAAUGUUACUCACAAUAACAAAAAUUGCAUGUAAUCUUACACAUACCUAUGCACACUUAAAGAAGAUAAGGGUUGUUUAAUUAAAUUUGUAUUUUUUUACCGUUUUCUUAAUAAAUAUAUUGAUUGAAACCUAUGGCAUGUUAAUCAUGAAUCUACUGUAUACUGUACUGUAUAUUGGAGAAACUGGACUUGUUAGAUUUUAAGAUCCAUCUAUGGAUAAUCAAUGGAAGUCAAGAUCUAUCUGUCUACAGUAUCUGAAAACUACAAUAUUUUUAAGGUAAACUGCUGAAUAACUUAAAAUAUAGUUACUCAGCGGGUAUAUAAAAAAGCUGAGAAAGAGUUUGUAUCAUAGGAAUACAUUUGAAUGGUACGACAGCAUAGACGCAGAACAUAUUUGGUUAAGGUCUUUGUUAUAGAAACAACAGAAAAUAAGAAAGCGUGGGAAGUAAAGCUUAGAUAAUUGUGUUUGUGUUAAAAUGUGUUAUUUUU